AUGCCGAGGAAUUCAUGGAGUGUAGCAGAGGAUAACGCACUUGUUUCGACUUACAUCAACGCCGGGGGAAAUGUUACAAAAAAUACGAAAAGGACUAAGGCUGGAUUUUGGGUUGCAGCUGGUAAAUUGUACGAACAAGUACGACUUGCAAAUCCUGAUGAGCUCCAGAAGAGGAGGAAUACUAAGUCCUUACAACAACGUUGGGAUCACAUUAAUUCGAAUGUGAACAAGUGGGUAGAGGUAUACAGUUACGAGAUACGACAUCCGAAGAGUGGACAAUCAGAUGCAGAUGUUGAAAAACGUGCACACAAUGCUUUUGCAAUGGGGAAGAAAGGUAAACAUUUCCAUUUGCAACAUUGUUUUGAAGUUAUGCAAAAUUUUCCAAAAUGGGAUCUGAAUGAGGUCAUGCAAUUACCUGCUGAAAGCGGAGGAAGUGCAAAACGAUCUGAACCAGAAUCACCAAUUGUUGAAGGUGGAAAACUACGAACUCGACCAGAUGGCAUAAAAAGACGAAGAGACUAG